AUGGAGAUCGACAGCAGCAGUGACCGACAUGACGCCCACGCAGAUUCUCAGGAGCAUGCCCAGCAGGCGAGAAAGCCCCUGAAGCGGCGAAGAGGUGCAUGCGAGGGCUGUAGACCCAAGAAAGUACGCUGCGAUGGAGGGAGGCCAUGUUCCGCGUGCAAGAAAUCCGGGGAUGAGUGUCGAUAUGUUUCCACCAUGAAGCGGUGGAAACACGCCAGGUCCUGGAGCCGCAGCUCCGAAAACUCCAACGAAGAGACUAUUGUUUGGGGUCCUGCCAGGCCGGGCUCGCCAAGCGUGGUGCCAGAGACCGCCCACCACAAGGAUGGUGAACCCCUACCGACAGCAAUCUCCCUCAUUACACCAUCUUCCUCAAUCCCCAUACAGGUCUCCGACGGCGUGUCGACACAUUCGCCAAGCCAGGGAUCCCUCACACCAAGGGCCCCUGCCAUACCGAACUCAAGCACAUACCAUGGGCAACAAACACCCUCGCUUUUCCCCCAGGACAUCAAUAACCAGGACUGGAACUCAAUGUUCACGGAAGACUCAUUCGACCUGUCGCAGUUCGCCGUAACAACACCGGUCCAGACGGUUGUUCCUCUGGACGAACCGGACCAGAUUAGGCCAACCACUGCCACUGAUGAAACCACUAUUACGCUCAACAGCCCUGUCCACUUACUUCCUAACCACCUGGACUUUGACCACCUAGGUCUGAUACAAUUUGACCGCGGUACAGGUCGACUCGAACUUAUUCCUUCAGACCAUGGACCUGACAGUGAGAUGACCGCGUGCUCUGCGGCGAACCCAUGCGCAUUCCUCAUGGACUUUGGGGACUGUCCCCUGGACCGCAGGACGCAGAGCGAGAUUGUCGACAUCAUGAAGACCCUGGCCCCGAGGCAGACCAUUUACCAGCAACCUGGUACACCGGACAUCCUCGAGGUUCGGGCCAUGCUCCCCGACUCGGAUGCUAUUGGCGAGUAUAUUACCGCUUGCUGUGAAGAUCCAAUUGGGGUCGGAACCUUCCUCACCAAGCAAUCCGUCAAUGACGUUAUUCAGCAAGCGCGGCACGCCAAAGGAAGGUCAGGGGAGCAAAAGGUCGCCGCCUGUCUGAUCAAUGCUGUGCUGGCGCUUGGUGCACACAUCUUAUCCGCGAGGACGCCCAGAGACAGCUUUUCGAGCCAUAACUCCAACGGCCAAGCCUAUUUUUCAACUGCUUCGAGCCUCCGAGAUGGGCUGGUGUAUGUGGAGGAUUCGUUGCUCAAAUUCCAAGUGUCUUUCUCCCAGAGGAUGAACUACCAAUUAACGGCUGGGCUGCUCGCCCAGGCUACACAAUGUGCCCAAUCGCUUCGGUUGAACAGCGAGCGGGCAACCAAGACGCAGCUAAACCCGACACCCGAGCUGGAAAGCCGCGCAAAGCGCGCUUUUUGGUAUCUAUAUUCGAUGGAGAAGACAUUCUGUCUCACCCAAGGUACCUUUUCCAUCAUUGAUGAUGGCAACAUUCAAUACCCACCGCCGUCCCCUACCAAGCGCCACCGGGGGCCACACGACUUCGACUGGCUGCAUGUCCUGGUCUUGUACGCCCGAGUCUCGUCCGCGAUCGCCAAGGAGCUCUAUCACACCAAGUCGCCCCUGCGCUCGGUGGAGCACUUUGACCGCACCAUCUCCAACCUGCGCGGCCAGCUGGAGGCAUGGAAAGGGGCGCUACCACAUGCGUACAGGAAAUUCAUUGACUCGGAUGGGCAUCAGGGGGCACUCGGUGAGCCCACAGAGCACUCCCUCCAGCUCUACAUGCUCUACCAGUACCACCAGGCGCUCUUCGCCAUGUACGGGCCCAUCUCCCGACUGCCUGUUGACUGCACGGGACUGGAGAUGUUCCAACAGUGCAUCUACCGCUGCGAACACACCUGUCUGGCAUCGGCGAGAGUCGUGUUGCUCGUAGGUAGCCACCUCAGUCUCGCCGCCGCCUUGAUCGAUCGCCACCUACUACACCUCCCUCUCAUCGCCGUCUGCACCAUCUUCAGGGCGGUCAUGCGGUCCGCCGAGGCCGAACGGAAGGACCUCUCGUACUUGGGUCUGGCCUGCGGCAUCUUGGGCAAGUUAUCUCUAGAGUUUGAUGUUCCGCUGGAGCAGGUACUCGAGCUCAGCAGGCACGCCCGGUCCGUGGUCUCUGAAAAGGCAGAUAAGCCCGAGAGGCCCGGCGCUGUGAGGCAGAUGAGCAGAAACGAGUUCCAUUGA